AUGAGGCUCUUAUCUGCUGCAGCUCUGCUCUGCGGUGUGUUGACAUCCUCCAUCUCGAGCGUACGUGCCGCAACUGCCAAUGACACCACAUAUACUUCAUCGCGACUAGUCCUACCGACCGAUUUCAGCCCCCCCAAGGUGUUCAAGAAUGUCAAUCUACUCAGAAAUAUAAAUCUUGAGAAAGGUUACGUGCGGGAAAUCGUCAAUGUUGUGGUAGAGAACACUGGAAAGGAACCGCAGGAGCGGUACUUCCUCCCUUUCGCAUCGGACAUAAUCGAUAGAGUUGGAGGACUGGAAGUACGAGAUAAGAAUGCGCUAUCGCAUGGCAAAUUUCUGGUGGAUGCUACGGAGACGUUGCAGUCGAGCCCAAAUCAAUACUUCGUCAUUCAUUUUCCCGAAGCUCUGAAAACCUCCUCUCAAAUCACCCUGAGCAUAUCCUAUUACAUCCUUAAAGCCCUCGACCCUCUCCCCGCGGCUAUUGAACAACAAGACAAACAAUACCUCACCUACUCCUUUCCGGCCUACGCCCCGUCCGCUUACACAACCGACAACCAGAAGACAAAGAUCAAAUUCCCUAGCUCCGAAGUACCAGACUACACAGAAACUUCCGGCCUGAAAUCCGGCGCAGACCCAGAACGACAAGGCAGCACUUACACAUACGGACCCUACCAGACCUCUAAAGUUCUUCCCGGCACCGCAGGAUCCAUCAUAACCGUCCGCUACGAAUUCACCAAACCAGUCAUAACCUGCUCCCUCCUCGAGCGCGACGUCGAAGUCUCGCACUGGGGCGGCAACCUUGCAACUGAGGAGCGUCUCUGGCUCCGCAACGACGGCGCCAAGCUCUCCAACCACUUCUCCCGCGUCGAAUGGGCGAUAAAGUCCUAUCAGAACCUACCCUCAUCCGCCAUGAGCGAUCUACGCAUCCCACUACGCCCAGGCUCCGUCGACGCCUAUUUCAUUGACGACAUCGGCAACGUCUCGACAAGCCAUUUCCUCCCUGGUCUGAACAAGCGCGAGGCGCUGCUGGAGCUCAAGCCGCGCUACCCCGUUUUUGGCGGGUGGAAGUACAGCUUCCGCAUUGGCUGGAACAAUGCACUGUCAUCAUUCCUGCGCAAGGCUGGCGGGGAGUCGUAUGUGCUUAGGGUACCUUUCCUGGAGGGUCCGAAAGUGCCUGAGGGGGUGCAGUAUGAGAAAGUCCAGCUGCGCGUGAUUCUCCCUGAGGGUGCGCGAGAUGUGAAGUAUGAACUAGCUGAUGGGGUUGGGAUGCCAUUUAUGGUCGAAUCGGAGAUUGGGUUGCACAAGACGUUUAUGGACACGGUGGGGAGGACCGUGUUGACGUUGCGGACGACGAAUGUGGCAGAUGAGGCAAGGGAGGGACAUCUUAUUGUGACAUACGACUAUCCCGCACUCGCGAUACUCCGUAAACCACUAACGAUCGCCGCAGGCCUAUUUAGCGUGUUUGUGACGGUGUGGUUAGUGGGUAAUCUAGAUGUGAGCAUUAAGAAGCGGUAG